GGGGCAGGAACCCAGGAAGCCGGGCAGGCGCGGUGGCAGGAACGGGCUUACCUGCUUCCCGCCACCGGGGCUGGGCGGGGCGGAGCGGGGAGGAGGGGCCGCCCGCACAACCUGUGGAUCGCCAGGCGGCCGGCGGACCCACACUCGCCGGGACCGUGUGGGGGCGACCUCGGGGGGCCCGGAAGACGCGAAAGAGCGAGAAAACAAACUUGGAGAAAGGAGUGACCUGGGGGCCGGGGGCGGAGUCGCCAGCGGGGGAGGAGAGAGUGAGCAGCAGCGAGAGCGCGGCUGGCCCAGGAAGCGGAGAGCGCCGCCCACCCACCCGGGGCGAGAGAGGCAGCGCGGGCAGAGGCAGGCUGGGCCGGGGGCUGCCGGGCCCUCGACCCCCACCGUGACCCCGCGGCCCCCAGCCCGCCCCCAAGAUGAUGAAGAGGCAGCUGCAUCGCAUGCGGCAGCUGGCCCACACGGGCAGCUUGGGACGCACCCCGGAGACUGCCGAGUUCCUGGGGGAGGACCUGCAGCAGGUGGAGCAGCGACUGGAGCCGGCCAAGCGAGCAGCCCACAAUGUCCACAAACGGCUGCAGGCCUGUCUGCAGGGCCAGAGCGGGGCGGACAUGGACAAGCGGGUGAAGAAGCUUCCCCUCAUGGCUCUGUCCACCACGAUGGCCGAGAGCUUCAAGGAGCUGGACCCUGAUUCCAGCAUGGGGAAGGCCUUGGAGAUGAGCUGUGCCAUUCAGAACCAGCUUGCCCGCAUCCUGGCCGAGCUUGAGAUGACCCUGGAGCGGGACGUCCUGCAGCCACUCAACAGGCUGAGUGAGGAGGAGCUGCCAGCCAUCCUCAAGCACAAGAAAAGCCUGCAGAAGCUGGUGUCUGACUGGAACACGCUCAAGAGCAGGCUCAGUCAGGCAGCUAAGAACUCAGGCAGUGGUCAGGGCCUGGGUGGCGGCCCGGGCAGUUACACCACCACAGCCAACAAGGUGGAGAUGCUGAAGGAGGAGGAGGAGGAGCUGAAGAGGAAGGUGGAGCAGUGCAAGGACGAGUACUUGGCCGAUCUGUACCACUUUGCCACCAAGGAGGACACCUAUGCCAACUACUUCAUCCACCUCAUGGAGAUUCAGGCCGAUUACCAUCGCAAGUCUCUGAGCUCGCUGGACACGGCCCUGGCUGAGCUGAGGGAGAACCACAGCCAAACAGACCCCUCCCCCUCGAUGAUGGCCGCCCCCUUCUCCAGGGUGUAUGGGGUGCCUCUGGGAACCCACCUGCGAGAGCUGGGCCGGGACAUCGCCCUGCCCAUCGAGGCCUGCGUCACGAUGCUGCUUUCUGAGGGCAUGAAGGAAGAGGGCCUCUUCCGUCUGGCCGCCGGGGCCUCAGUGCUGAAGCGCCUCAAGCAGACAAUGGCCUCGGACCCCUGCAGCCUGCAGGAGUUCUGCUCUGACCCCCACGCUGUGGCAGGUGCCCUCAAGUCCUACCUGCGGGAGCUGCCGGAGCCCCUGAUGACCUUUGACCUCUAUGACGACUGGAUGAGGGCAGCCAGCCUGAAGGAGCCAGGAGCCCGGCUGGAGGCCCUCCAGGAGGUGUGCAGCCGCCUGCCCCGUGAGAACCUCAGCAACCUCAGGUACCUGAUGAAGUUCCUGGCACGGCUGGCCGAGGAGCAGGAGGUGAACAAGAUGACACCCAGCAACAUCGCCAUUGUCCUGGGGCCCAACCUGCUGUGGCCCCCUGAGAAAGAAGGGGACCUGGCCCAGCUGGACGCGGCCUCCGUCUCAUCCAUCCAGGUGGUGGGCAUGGUCGAGGCUCUGAUACAGAAUGCAGACACUCUCUUCCCUGGAGAUAUCAACUUCAACGUGUCAGGCCUGUUCUCAGGGCCUGCACCCCAGGACAAGGUCAGCGACAGGCCAGCUUCUGAGGAGCUUCCGUCGAUUGCCACGCCCACCCCGGCCGCUGUACCAGCUCCAGCUUCAGCCCCUGCCCCAGCCUCGGUGGCUCUCAAGGAAAGGGCAGAGUCUGAGGCACCCCCCAGACCAGCCUCCCCCAAGGUCAGUAGGAGCUCCCUGGAGGCAGCCGCCCCAACAGAGGACAUGGCUCGGAGGACCAAGCGCCCAGCGCCGGCCAGGCCCACCAUGCCGCCCCCCCAGGUCUCCAGCACCCGCGGCUCCCCUCCAGCCCCACCCCCGGCCCCUGGCUCUGGCAGCCCUGUGACCCCCCGGGCUCUGCCCCGCCGUCUGGUUGGCAGCAGCCUCCGGGCCCCCACGGUGCCACCCCCAUUGCCCCCCACUGCCCCCCAGCCUGCCCGGCGCCAGAGCCGGCCUCCACCAGCCUCCCCCAGCCCGGCCUCCCCGGGGCCAACCUCCCUCAUCCCAGUCUCUCUGAGCGCACCUACCGAUGUGGACCUGGGGGCGGCCGCAGAGGAGGGAGGGGCCCCUGAGGCUGCAGGCAGGGCCCCCACUCCCCCAGUUAUCCCCCCUCAGCCCCGGCCCAGGAGCCUCGCCUCAGAGACCGACUGAGCCGGCGGCUUCUCCCCGACAGCCCUCAGCAUCACUCCUCCCCACCUUGUCCUCCCAGGACACAGCCUUCACCCGUCCCAAGGGGGUGAGGGCCUCCAGCCUUUGCCUACAAGUGCCUCGGUGUCCGCUGGGUCGGCCCUCACGGCAAGGAGGACUCAGGACAGUCCUCCACUUCCAUACCUCUUACUCUUGGAUCCACCCUGGGCUUGGGGGCGCCCCCUCAGCCAACUCCCCACUCUCUGGCAGGGUCCCAGGGGAGCCGCCGGAAGGAAGGAGAGGCUUGCCUGCUCCUACCGGACUUUUAUUUUUCUCUUGCCAACAUAUUUUUUUGUAAGGCUGGUAAAUAAAUUAUUUUGGACAAAACUGGAGCAGCUGCCCAAAUGAUAGUUUUAUUUUCUGUUCUUGAAAUAAAGAAGCCACUUUG